AUGGACAUUAGCGACAUCACCCCGCAGCUUCAGCAGCUCGAGAAAGAUUUGGACCACGCCCAGGACGUGUUAAAGCCGUUCCUGGGUGAUCUCAACGUCAUCUCAUCCAAGCUGCCAUUGCUCGACAAGGCCAAGUUCUUUGUCCUUGUCACUUAUACCAUCGAGUCGCUGCUCUUCUCCGCCCUGCGCCUCAACGGUGUCGAUGUCAAAAAUCACCCCGUUUUCACCGAGAUUACCCGCGUCCGCCAGUACUUUGAGAAGAUCAAAAAGCUGGAGGAGCCGCCAGCCGAGCGGGAGACCACUGUCAACAAAGAAGCUGCUGCGCGUGUCAUCCGGGCAGAUCUUGCCGACAACAAAUGGAUUAAGGAUCGAUUAACCGAGCUGAUUGCCAACGAGCGUGCAAGAGUCGCUGAGAAUCAAGCGAAGCGUCCAGCGGAGGAAGAGGGGGAGUCUUCGUCUGCGGCAGAGGGCCGCUCUGAUCAGGGGUCGGCGGCCCUGCCGAAGCGGCCGAAAAAGAAUGGGUCGAAAAAGAAGAAAUGA